UAAUUAAUUUUUCGAUCUCGUUCGACGAAUAUCUAAUUUCUGAUUGAGAAUUACGUAACAACUUAAAACUUACGGUUCGUUCGAUAUCACGAGUGCAAUAUAUCAACAAAGAAGAAAAAAGAAAAAAAAAGAGGAGAAUAAAAUAUUUGAAAUAUGGAUAAAACAGCGUACUUGCGAUAGCGCGGUUUUUCUUUAAUUCACAGAGAAAAGAAUCCCCUCGAUCGUCAGAGAGAGAUCAGGGAUCACUCGGAUCUCGGCAUCCGUUUCGGGCCGGAAACGAACGAAGGUACAAAAAUCAGAAGACCGAUAAUGUUUCCAAUCGCGUUGAGAGAAUACCGAUCGGAGGAUCGGCCGACAGCGGCGUGAUCGGCAUUAAUCCCGUGCCUGAUAAGAGCGCAAUCUCCGAUAUCAGUAAGAAUGACAAGACACGCGAAACGAGCGAAAAGACGGGGGACCGAAGCCCCGACCUGGACCUGAUAUCCUGCAGGCAGAGGAAGCAGGGACUCGGCGUCCUCCUCGCAUCUCGGGGUGCAAGAUGAACGAAAGCGAUAUUUUUUACCUGCUCGGUUCGGAAGAUGGCGAAACGAGCAGCGGCGGAACCGACCUGAACAAGACCUACUACAACGCGUCCAACGGCGGUAACGAGACGGGCUACAACGACCUAUGGAACCUGGCUUCGGACAGAGCGGGCCUGGCCAUAGUGCUGAUCCUCUUCUCCGUGGCGACGGUAUUCGGGAACAUGCUCGUCAUCCUGGCCGUGGUGAGAGAGCGGUACCUCCACACGGCGACGAACUACUUCGUGACCUCGCUGGCCUUCGCCGACUGCCUCGUGGGUCUGGUCGUGAUGCCGUUCAGCGCGAUAUACGAGGUCCUGGAGAACAAGUGGCUCUUCACGACGGACUGGUGCGACGUCUGGCGGUCCCUCGACGUCCUCUUCUCGACCGCCUCCAUUCUGAACCUCUGCGUGAUCAGCCUCGACCGGUACUGGGCCAUCACCGACCCCUUCACCUACCCCAUGCGGAUGAGCCGGAAGCGGGCCGCGAUCCUCAUCGCCAUUGUCUGGGUCUGCUCGAGCGCGAUUUCCUUCCCCGCUAUCGCCUGGUGGCGAGCCGUUCGCACGGAGAAGGUGCCCGACGACAAGUGCCCCUUCACCGAGCACCUCGGCUACCUCAUAUUCUCGUCGACCAUAUCCUUCUACCUGCCCCUCUUCGUCAUGGUCUUCACCUACUACAGGAUAUACCGCGCGGCGGUCAUACAGACGCGCAGUCUGAAGCUCGGUACCAAGCAGGUCAUGAUGGCCUCGGGCGAACUCGAACUCACCCUCAGGAUACACCGCGGCGGCGCCACCAACACCGACGCUCGACACCUGUUCAGGACAGCCUCGAGCACUCCGGAGGACCUUCAGGACCUCGAGGAGCCUCUGACCGCCCUGCACAACAACGGGCUUAGCAGGCUGCCGUCGACGAGGAUCAACAACAAGCAACACCUUGGAAAGAACUUCUCGCUUUCGCGGAAACUGGCCAAGUUCGCGAAGGAGAAGAAGGCCGCGAAAACGCUCGGUAUUGUGAUGGGUGUGUUCAUAGUGUGUUGGCUUCCCUUUUUCGUUGUGAACUUGUGGUCCGGGUUCUGCUCGAGGUGUAUUUGGCAGGAGGAAAUUGUUUCCGCCGCCGUUACGUGGCUUGGGUGGAUUAACAGCGGCAUGAAUCCCGUCAUAUACGCUUGCUGGAGUCGCGACUUCCGGAGAGCUUUCGUAAGGAUCCUCUGCGUAUGCUGCCCUCGAAGAAUGAGGCGUCGCUACCAGCCUGCUUUCAGGUGCAAGCCGAGCCAGAAAUUCUCCUCGAGGAAAUACUGCUCGACGUAUUCGCUCCACCAGGUCCGCAGCAGCCGAGAGAACUCUUGCGAACAGACCUACAUUUAGACGACGUGUUCUACGAGUUGCUCAUCGCGCCGUCAUAUCUGCGUCCGUUCGUUCCUCGAUUCCCUUCUCGCCCCUAUCCAUACCUCAAGUGGAGGUUGAGUCUGGCGGAGGUUCUUUUUUUCUUCAUUUUCCCAACCCUGUUACGAGAUCACCCGAGGACUCGGGGUGGCAGGGUGUAGAACAAUACGAGGCGGCAUUGAUCGCGAAAAGAAUUAACAGAGAUCAAUCGAUCGAAGCAAAGACGCGGCGAAGAGAUUUUGCAGAGACGUCAAUCUUCGCUAGCUUUUCCGUGUAACCAAAGAGUUCAAACUUAUUGUUAGCUAAGCGGAGAGAGAUUGUGUGCAACCCUAUUUGUCGCAAAUUGACAAUGCUUAUGCAUACGAGAUUAAUUAACCGCCUUGCAAUUAGAGAUCCUCUGUACGUAGUAUUGACCCGUGAGUCCCUGCUUGACCCGAAGCCACAAGUAUUUGCAACAGUAUUAUAACAUACACCCUGCCACUGAUUGAUGUAAUCCUCAAAUUUAGCCGCUUGUUUAUAGGAAGUAAGAACGGCAAGAAGAAGAAGAAGAAACACAGACAAGGAAGUCAAGUUAGAAUCAUGAAUUCGAGUCUCGUAUUGAUCUACUCUCGGCGCGGAUAUCUCAGGGGUUUGUAGCUUUGAAGCUCGAUAUCUCUGUUGAACAAAAGGGUAGGCCAAAAUUUGAAAACUUUUUCAAAAGCUCAGACUUUUUCCCGUUAAAUGUUUUUUUCUUUCUUUCAAAUCUUGCGCUACUUUUCUUUCAACAGGAAUAUCGAGCUCCAAAGCCACGCGCCCAAGUUUUUCACGCGUUUAUCGUCUUAAAUCAAUCUAUUGCCGAGUGAUCCAGAAUUGAUCUCAAUAAUCGGCAGUGUUUGAAAGGAAUAACAUGCACGCAUCUAUAGUUGUAAUAUUCAGACAAAAAUAAAAAUGAAAACUGUCACACGUAAUAUUGUAUAACCCGUGUCGUUACAUACUUAUAUACGUACAUACUUCUUCUAGACAGUAAUAUGUAACGUAAAUUCUGUCGAUAUUUUAUCAACCGUAUAUAACUCAGUUAUACUAUAAAGCUAAAUGAAUUUUUUUACACACUGAAAAUUUUUCCAC